CCUGAUUACGUUGCUCUUGCACCGGCUAUGAUAAUUGAAAAAUGCAUUCUCCCCCCCCAAAAAGCGAUGAUUACCAGCACACGGUGAUUAGUUAGAUUUAAAUGUGACCCAGGGCUGGAUUUGGCACUGAAACAGUCAAGUGCGACUAAAUCUUCGAUAGAUGUAUUUAUGGGUGUAGUGCAAGCCAGGAACAGCAAUGGCCUUCCUUGCUUAAUAAUAUCCCUGAUGCCCGUGGUGCGGACCGCUAUGAAAGUGACUGAACAAAUACAAAUGUGUACAACCGUCAUCAGAUGCCAUGCCACGGAACAACAGAAUCGUGUCCGCCGACAGCCAACGGCGGUGGCCCAGUGCCAACAGCGCUGAUUCAGCCUGCCCGAUAUGUCUGGCCGGACUUAGCCAUGUUGUGGAAACAAACUGUGCACACCUGUUCUGUGCCGACUGCUUUUUCGCGUACUAUGGCCAUGGCAGUCCGCUUAAUCCAAUGAAAUGCCCUGUAUGUCGUCAACAGCUGAACUGCGCCGAGCUGGAGAGCGCAGAGGCUCGCUUGACGGCACGCCAUAAUGUCGCCGCCUACAAUCGACGCUUUUCCGGUCAGCCACGCGAGUGGCUAGAAUACAUCCGGGACGUGCCGUGCUUGCUACGCCACCUCUGCCUGGAGUUCUUCAGCGAGGGAGGCCUGCUGCUGAUGUUCCGGGUCCGCGUCGUCGCCUGCUUCGUCACGGCAGUCAUGUACCUCCUGUCGCCGCUGGACAUUGUCCCCGAAGCGUUCUUCGGCAUGCUAGGCCUCUUCGAUGACAUUUUUAUUGCAGUUCUAGUCGUCCUUUACGUCACUAUGAUAUACCGACACUACGUGGCUGAGCGUGACUGAAACGGUGUGCCUCAUAUUUAGAUGUCCCUGCACUACGUUGCAGCAAGGAAGUACCGGGAUAUACAUCAUCUGAUAUCCGGCACUUCAUGGCAACUUAACGGCGUGAUGUCACUGCUGUAACAGGCGCCGGGAUUACACGUGUGUUGUGAGCUACAUAUCUUAGUCCCGUGUGGGGAUGGGAGGCUGGCCAAUGUAACGAAUGCUA